AUGGGGAGGGGUGUUGGGGAGGGGGGGGUAGGUGGUAAUGGGGGGGAUGGGGUAGAAGGUAGGGGGGUGGAGGGGGGUGGUGGGGAGGGAUGGGUGGGUGUGGGGGGGGGGGAUGAGAGGGCGGGGACCGGCGGCCAGUGUUGCAAAGGCUGCGGUUCCUCAGGGUUCAGAAGGCUCGGCCGCGCCCAAGUGUUCAGAAGGCUCGGUCCUGCCAGUGUUCAGAAGGACUGCUCGGUCCUUCCAGGGGUUCAGAAGUUGGUGCUAAGGGUUCAGAAGAGCUCUCUUUCAUCACCUGAGGGGUCGGGAGGUGUAAAGUGA